GUGACGAGCGUGGAAAAGCACAUAGGGCCGUAACAGCACCAUUUUGUUGACUAUUCGGUUUGUCAAACAAGAGGAGAAAAUGCAGCUUCGCCCGUAUGGAGCCCUAAUCGGGCUGUCCAUUUUGGAAAGCGCGAUGGGGUCGCCAGUGGUAUUUGGCAACGCUUCCACGCCCGCCAUCACCCCAGCUCCCACGGCAACUGGGCAUUCGCUGAGUGGCAUCGUCACCUCUGGCAGCCCUACUGCGUGCUACAAUACGGACUUCGUGGGUGUGAUCCUGGGCGCCUACUCCGGCCUUUCGACAAACCCGACUCAACUAUGUGAAUGCAUGACCCAGCUAUCCGACUGGCUUUCUGCCACGAACCCGGGUACGCACACUGGAACAACCAGUAUCGGGACUGGAGUGACUACAAUCACCGAGACGACCGACGGGGCCACAACAACGAUUGUAUCGGAGGAAGUCUAUGUUUCGACAUACACAUAUACUGGAAAUAACUUCGGUGACGAUAAUAACUGGUAUGGUAGUGCGACGUCACCAUGCUGCUACUCAUGCUCUGUCGCAGCAGCCACAGUCGAGAUAUUGUACUGGCAAACCCCCGCGCCAUCCAGCCUUGUAACGUCCUUCACGUCUAAUGACAUCACAUUCGUCUCGCCGAGCGUCUACAUUGGGUUUUCCUCCCUGUAUGCAUACGACUACUGCGGAACAGUCGGCCAGCCAUUCACAAACACCACCGUCGCCUUCAACCAAGACGAGCUUUCCACUGUGCAGUUCGUCGAACAAUCUUCGGUACAACUUGAAACGCAGAGUAUUGGCACCAGCGGCACCAACGUCAUUUGGACGACGUAUCUUACCACGGAAACCUACUAUACGAGUACAACACCGGCGCCACUUAAUUUCGAGGUCCUGGGUCAGAACUGCUCCAAAACAUCGGGGUAUACCUAUGCGAUUGAUAAUCCGGAAGCAGGAAACUAUUUUUCUACCUACGAUCCUUGCCAUCCGAUUAUCGUCGUUCCAGAUCGCGUGAAAUCCUUACAGCCAGAUUGGAAAUCGUGUGGAAGCAAUGCAAUGGGCGGUUUUUACGACCCCCCUUAUCCUCUGACAUCGGUGUCUGGAUUGCUUCCGGUCACUACCACAUCGGGCACCCAGCCGACUUUGACCUCACCUGCAGCUCCAGGGUCGACGGCAACGAGUGUUCCGCCACAAACCUCUACAACUCCGUUGCCAGAUCAAGAGCCGACAACAUCGCCCUCAGUCGGUGACCCGGGUACAGGAACCAGCCCAGCUACUGAUACUGCCCCUAGCACCGCCACCGCCACCGGUUCAGGUUCAGGAUCUGGCGCUGGUUCAGGCACUGGAUCUGGCACUGGAUCUGGCACUGGCUCUGGCACUGGCUCUGGCACUGGAUCUGGCACUGGCUCUGGCACUGGCUCUGGCACUGGCUCUGGCACUGGCUCUGGAUCUGGCACUGGCUCUGGCUCCGGCUCUGGCUCUGGCUCUGGAUCUGGCUCCGGCUCUGGAUCUGGCUCCGGCUCAGGCUCAGGCUCCGGCUCAGGCUCAGGCUCCGGCUCAGGCUCAGGCUCAGGCUCAGGCUCAGGCUCAGGAUCUGGUUCUAACUCCGGUUCAGGAUCUGGCAAUGGUUCAGGCUCAGGAUCUGGAUCAGGCUCUGGAUCAGGCUCUGGAUCAGGCUCUGGAAGCAGUGGCACAGGCACAGGCACUGCGGUAGGGUCUUCUAGUACGGGAUCGGGUUCAGGAACAGGAAGCGGAUCGGGCAGCGGAUCAGGGGGCUCUCCAGGCUCAGGCUCCGGCUCUGGUUCCGGUUCUGGAACUACAAAUGGAAGUGGCUCUACGACUGCUUCUCCGGGAUCACCCCUAGAGACCGGUGCGGCAUCGCGACCUGGACUAACGAUUCAUACCGGGGGACUAAUCAGCCUCAUCUUGUUUGCCUUUUAUCUUUGAUUUGAUUCCCUGUUGGAAUGUGUAAUGUAGUCAGACGAC